AUCCCCUAAGAUAACAAGGUGUAGAGCCGGAUAAACACAGCACACCAAGCAGCAUCAUAAGAGCAGGAAAGCUGACGUUUCGGGCCUAGACCCUUCAUCAGAAAAACUUCGAUAUCCCCUACGUGGUAGCUUUGUCAAUUAUUGCCUACGGACCGAAGGGCUGUCUUUUAUAUCAGCCAAUCAAACAGCAGCAUGUUGAAACGUCGGCGAAUACAGAAACCCGGGCGAAUCACCAUCCUUUAAAGUGCCGCUUCAGCCAAUCGUGUACUUUGGAAAACAGCCGCACUUCCAGGCUAGGUUCUUCAUGAUCACAUUAUGUAGUACUUCAGGAUGGAGAAUUACAAUAAACUGUCGAAUAGAGUAAGAAUGUUGAAAUAUUUCAUAGGAUACAGAAGAGGUGGAGGGUAUGCGAUUAUUUUCAGUGGUGUUUGUUAUGGACUCGAGAACUUCCUCCGAUAUCAGAGUGAUGAUACCGACGAGGACGCGGUGUUCUGUUUGUGGGAGGGGCAGUUAGAGUGACCCAUGACCUCCGGCUCGCGCGAUCCCCGCUCCCUCCACACUGCCCGGUUUCGAUGGGCCGACCGGCUGGUGGCAAUCACUGAAGGCGGGAGAGCCCGCGAUGGACUGGAGUCACUUAGAUCUGAAUCCUAAAGUGGUGGCUGCAGUUAAGCAAGCAAACAUCCAAUCAAUGAAAGAAAUCUUAUGUCUUUCGGGACCAGAUCUGCAGAGACUCACUAAAUUGUCCAGUUCUGAUGUGCAGUAUCUGCAUAAAACUGUCGCAGCAACAAUAAAGAGUGAUCCUGUGGUAACAGCCCUCCAGAUAUACAAUGGAGAAUGUCCUUUUCCAACCCAGAACCAAAAACUUAGCAUGGGUUGUCCGGUAGUGGACUCAUUACUUGGAGGUGGAAUCCCAUUAAUGGGAAUUACAGAGAUCGUCGGUGAGAGUUCAGCAGGGAAGACACAAAUUUGCAUGCAACUGUCCCUGUCUGUACAGUUCCCAUGUAGCUAUGGUGGGCAAGAUGCAGGAGCUGUGUAUAUUUGUACAGAAGAUACUUUUCCAAAUAAACGAUUACAGCAAUUGAUUGCCUUUCAAUCCAUGUUACGAACUGAUGUGCCACCCGAUAUUGUCAACAACAUUAAGUUUGGUAACAACAUUUUUAUUGAACAUGUUGCAGAUGUGGAAUCCUUAAAUCACUGCAUCAGCAAAAGACUACCAGUCUUAUUGUCACGAGGCUUGGUACGCCUAGUGGUGAUUGAUUCAAUUGCAGCUUUAUUCAGAUGUGAAUUUGGAAUCAGCGAUUCGAUUGCCAAGGCCAAAUGUCUUCAGAAAUUUGGAGCCAUGCUCCAUCACCUCAGCCAUCAGUUCAGUAGUCCUGUCAUCUGUGUCAAUCAGAUAACAGACGUGGUAAAUGACUCUCAUUUGCCUCAGGGUAAUUUUGGCUUAUUAGAUAAGAAAGUGCUACCAGCUCUAGGUGUGACUUGGUCCAAUCAGCUCCUGAUGAGGCUAAUGGUUAGUCGGACACAACUCUGCGUUGAAGGGAAAUUUCCUGAUGAGAAAGCCUGUACCUUGAAUUCUGGGACUGUUCUACGCAGAAUGGAAAUCAUUUUUGCACCUCAUCUUCCUCAAUCAUUCUGCAACUAUAUAAUCUGCAAAGAAGGGGUAAGGGGAAUGAGGAAAAUGGGACUAUAACUGGGGGCAUUGGAAAGUCUGUAUUUUCUUUCUCCUCCAUUUUUAUUUUUCUCAAACCAAUCUUCAGUACUUUCUGAAAGCAAAAUUCUGUGAAUGCUGGAAAUUUGAAAUAAGAACAGAAGGGGGAAACUCAGUAAGUCUACUUCUCACAACAGAUGAUGUGAGAGUUUGGAACUCUUCCAAAGAAUAGUCUUCGGACUUUUAUUUCUGUUUUCUCCCCACAGAUUCUGCCAGACCUGCUGGGUUUCUCCAGCAUUUUCUGUUUACAUAUAAAGAAAGGUGACCGUUUCUAGUGUUCAUUUUUAAUCAUUGCACAGCUGAAAGUUCUGUUUCCAUGACAUUAAAUAGCAGGCAGAACUUAUCAAAAAAUCAUUAACAGUUUAUUACAUCAUUUUGCAAGUUUUCUCUGACCGGAGUAACAUUCUGCAUCUAAGAUAUUACAUUUCUAAUAUUCAAGAUAUUCUUUUUUUCCUCCCGAUUUGACUGCAGUAGGGUUCUGAUGUUUCUGAUAUCUUGACAAACUCUCAGAGCCUGGGUCUUUAAAAUCAGAAGCUCUUUUUUUUUAGAAUCAGCAAAUUAAUAAUUUUAAAAAUUCUUCCAGUGUGGGUUAGGUAGUGAGUCACCGUUGUUCAUUCCUGAGUUGUUCUUUGAUAUCUGCUGCAUAACAUAAAAAUUGAUACAGAAUUCUCAAGCUGAUAGUUAGUCAUGGUAGUAAACAUGUGGCUAUUGUGUAUUUUAUGAGCUAGCCUUUGAAAAAAUUAAUUUCUACGAUAUAGGUUUUGUUUCUUUAAAAUUAUAGCUAACAUGCAAAAUUCUUCCAACUUACUCUUAGUUCGAGAAAAAUCUUAUUUUUGAUUGAUGAGCAACACUUGAGUGAACACUUUACAAGUGAUUCAGAUUAUUGCCAUUUAAAUACAAGUUUUAUGAUGCUUUAGAACCAGUAUUCCAACUUAAAUAUGUCUGCUGCCUCCAAACGCUCAAUUGCUGUUUAAACAUUAACAGAAAUUAUUGUGAUUUUUAAAAAGAUUCUGCAACACAGCAGAUGAUCCUUGAUCAGAUCCAAAUGUAGAGUUCAAUAAGCAAAAUAAAUCCCUAACAUUACUAAUAAUUUAAUUAAAAUACUCUAUUUGAGACCAAUAAAAUGUAGAGUUGGCUAUUUAUUUUCUGAGUAUGUUUCCUGUUACACAUGCGUCCUACAGUAUAUAUACAGUAAUUAUUUUUUGGUCACCUGUGGGCAUUUAUUUCGUGUACUGACUACUUACAUUAAUCAAAUCACAAAAGCCAUAAAUAUUACUUUCCACAGUCUAAAUUAUUUAGGAUAAUAUUGUUGAAUUCCAACCCCUGAAUGCUGUGCUAGCUGCCCAUGUGAAAUAUUUAAGUUCUGUCAGAGUAAAUUUAACUUCUGCAUAUAGAAUGCCUUUCAGGUACUGACAAAAAUAAGGGGAGGUGAUUCCAGGGUUGUCGAUGCAUCUAAUUGUUGUUUCAAGCACACAAGCUGACUCCUCCUUGGAUGUUUCUUUCAGAUUUGUAAAAAAAUAACUGUUAGAAUUAUGUUUACUCCAGAGUAAAUCAGGGCUGUUAAAGUAGUAAUAGUCAUAGCGCAGUUUACACUUAAACAGCAAUGUAAAAGAACAAGUUCAUGGCUUGUAAAGGAGCAUCUUAAUGUAUUUAUGUAUGUAUGUAUAUAAAUAAAUGAAAGAUUUGCACUCA